CCUGAAUUUUGCAAUGUUUAGUUAUGACAACAAUAAACAUGAUGAUCUUGUCCAUCCUUAAGGGAAGUAGUGAGAAAGAGAAACCAGUUUUACUACAAUCACAACUUUACUCAACGGCUGAAGACACAACUUGAGUAAAGUGUUCUGUUUUGUACCCAGAAGUUUUGAGUCAUCAUGGCAUGCAUUUAUGGAGACAUCAUGAAAAUAGACACCACCGGUGCAUCAGAGAAGACAGCAAAACAAGACAAAUUAACCGUAAAGGGUGUCGAGGCUUCCAAAAAAUUGGCUGAGCAUGAUCUGGCUCGGAUGGAGCAAUACAAGAGUAAAAUCAUAAAGGUCGGCAGAGCAAAUCAGAUGGACCCAGCUGUAAUUGCUGCCAUCAUAUCCAGAGAGUCCAGAGCCGGAGCCGCUCUGAAGAAUGGGUGGGGAGACCAUGGCAAUGGCUUUGGCCUCAUGCAGGUUGGUCAGAAGAAUAGAUUUACUUUCUUUAAAAAAUGUCACAAUAAUCUUAAUAUGAGGUACAUAAGAUGCAAGUAA